AUGACCUUGUUCCUGGAUAAUUCGGCCCAUGUGGCCGCCUCCGUCAUCAGCAUUGCCAUUCUCGCCACUACCAUCUAUGCCCUGCGAGUGUACACGAGGUUAAAGGUGGCGGCUUGGGGCAUCGACGACUGGUGCAUGACCGCGGCUAUACCGCCUUUCGCCGUGCUUUCGGCCGCCUGCAUUCUGGCGUCCUUCAAUGGUGUCGGAGUGCACGUGGAAAGAUUCCAAGACCCUGCGCUUGCAAAGUACCAGGAGAUUGGCCUCAAGUGGUUCUUCUUGUUCGAGGUCUUUUACUGCGUUGCCAUCAUCCCGAUCAAGCUUAGCAUUGCGUUCCAGCUGAUCCGCAUUGCGGCGGGGAGGAAGUUCUACGUGUACAGCCAGUAUGUGGUGGCCGCCUUGUUCACCACCAUGAACCUCAUCGCGGCGCUCUACAUCAUCUUCCAGUGCCAGCCCGUCUCGUACGCGUGGAACACGCAGCAGGAGGGAAAGUGCAACGACGCCAUCAUCCUGACGGACAUCUACUACGCCACGACUGCGGUCAACAUUGCGACGGAUUGGUUCUGCGCGGCCAUGCCUAUUCCGCUACUAUGGAACGUAAAGCUUAACCGCAACGCCAAGAUCUCCGUCGGAUGCAUUUUGAGCCUGGGCAUCUUCGCCUCCCUCUCGGCCUGCAUUCGCCUCAAGUACACGGUCAACCUGCAGAACUCCAACGACUAUCUUUAUGCCAUCUCCGACAUCCUGCUCUGGGGCUACGCCGAGAACGGCAUUGGUGUCAUUGUCGGCUGCGUUGGCACGCUGCGCCCGCUGUUCCGCAAGGUGCUGCACCUGGGCUCCAGCGACGACGGCUCGACGCCCAUGAAGUACGGCGGGGCCUCGUCGAAAGGAGGAAACUUCCCCAGCAACGCGCGCCGCACCUACGACAAGUUCGACUCGCAGUACGAGCUCGAGGAGGGCCUGGCCGGUGCCUCGACUAACGACAGCGACAAGUACGCGCCGCAGGCCCAUGAAACCGAGAUCCGCGCCGGCAUGGCCCGGAGCGGCAGUCUGCGUAGCGACAGCGACAGCCAGAAGCAGAUCCUGGAGGACAGGCAGGGCGCCGGCAUCAUGGUUCACAGCCAGGUGCAAAUUUCCAGGGAUUAA